AAAAGAGUGAACUUUGAGUGGGGCUGGUCCACGCCCUGCUGCACUCCGCUCCGCUCCUCCGCCUUAUGAACACAGUCCGGCCGCGUGUGAUCGCCUCGGGGCACCAUGAGCUGCCUGGGAACCGAACCCGCGCUCAGCAAGUCUGAGGAGCUGCGGCGCGCCGCCAGCAGGCAGAAGGUGAUCCGGAUGAACGCGAAGCUCCUAGGUAUGGAGGGCGACCCGGACCUCCAGUUCCUCCUGCAGGGAGGAGACCUCCUGAAGGUGCGCUCCCAGUCCUGGAAGAAGACCCGCUACUUCAGACUGAUGGAGGACUGUAAGACCAUGUGGAGGGAAUCAAAGAAAACCUUCAAGACCAGCCAGACCUUUUCCCUCUACGACAUCUCAUCGGUUCGUACGGGUCGCCAGUCAGAGGGCCUGAAGAAACACACGGAGGAGCAGGUGGAGGGACGCUGCUUCUCCAUCAUGUUCAAGGGCCGCCGCAAGAACCUGGACCUGAUCGCCAGCUCAGAGGAGGAGGCCAAGCAGUGGGUCACCAGCCUGCAGAAGACCCUCUCCAACAUCAACAACCUCAACUCCCAGCAGAAGAAGGAGCAUUGGAUCAUGAGCUGCCUGAGGAAAGCAGAUAAGAACAAAGAUGAUAAGCUGAGUGAGUCCGAGCUCAAGAACUUCCUGCGUCUGAUCAACAUCGAGGUGGACGACGACUACGCAGAGAUGCUCUUCAAGAAAUGUGACACAUCCAAGUCUGGGUACCUGGCUGGAGAGGAGAUCCAACACUUCUAUGACCUGUUGACCCACCGGGAUGAAAUCGACGUGAUCUACGGCGAGUACGCUAAAUCUACAGGCUUCAUGAGUCCUCAGAACCUGGUGGACUUCCUGAUGAAGGAGCAGAGAGAGAAAGCAUCACUGACUGACGCACACAACAUCAUCCAGAAGUUUGAACCAGAUGAAAGUGCCAAAGAGAAGAAGCUGCUGUCCAAAGAUGGCUUCCUCAUGUACAUGCACAACCCCGAGGCGUUGAUCCUGGACCCGGACCACCGGGAGGUGUACCAGGACAUGAGCCGGCCCCUCAACCACUACUUCAUCUCCUCCUCACACAACACCUACCUCAUGGAGGACCAGCUGAAGGGGCCCAGCAGCACUGAGGCUUAUGUCAGGGCUCUGCUGAAGGGCUGCCGCUGCGUGGAGCUGGACUGUUGGGACGGAUCAGACGACGAGCCGGAGAUCUACCACGGCUACACGCUCACCUCCAGGAUCCUCUUCAAAGACGUCAUCAAAGCCAUCAAGGAGUACGCCUUCAAGGCCUCCGACUACCCGGUUAUCCUCUCCCUGGAGAACCACUGCAGCAAGGAGCAGCAGAGAGUCAUGGCCCACCACAUGAGCUCCAUCCUGGGCAGCGCCCUGGUCGACACGCCCCUGGAGGACGACCUGGCCGCAGGCUUCCCGUCUCCGGAGGAUCUGAAGGGGAAGUUCCUGAUCAAAGGGAAGAAACUGGAGGCUCGCUUUACUCCCGAGGAGACUGAAGACGAUGACGAGGACGUGACGGAGGAGGAAGAGUCAAAUGAUGAGGAUGAGGAUGAGCAGAUGGAGGAAGAGAAAAGAAAGAAGAAGAAGAAGCUGAAACUAGCAAAGGAGCUGUCCGACAUGGUGGUCUACUGUAAGAGCGUCCACUUCCACGGCUUCGAGGACGCCAGACAGAACCAGAAGUUCUACGAGAUGUCCUCCUUCAAGGAGGGAAAGGCCAUGAAGCUGGCAGAGGAGUCAGCUAACGCCUACGUCCAUCAUAACGUGGAGAAGCUGAGCCGCAUCUAUCCAGCAGGGUCCAGGACCAACUCCUCCAACUACAGCCCAGUGCCUCUGUGGAACGCUGGCUGCCAGAUCGUGGCCUUAAACUUCCAGACAACCUGCUCAGAGAUGGACGUUAACCAGGGCAGAUUCCUGGUUAACGGAAAGAGCGGCUACGUCCUGAAACCGGCCUACAUGAGGGACGCAGCCACGGAGUUUGACCCCAUCACCCUGACCCGAGGAGCCUGGCUGCAGCACAAGACGCUCCAUGUGAUGGUCAUAUCGGCUCAGCAGCUUCCCAAAGUGAACAAGAAGAAAUCCUCCAUUGUGGACCCGCUGGUUAAAGUGGAGGUGUACGGAGUGCCGGAUGAUGUUGCUGAGAAAGAGACCAGACCUAUUGAUAACAACGGUUUUAACCCAGAAUGGAAUGAAAACUUCCAGUUUGAUGUGUUUGUGCCGGAGCUGGCGUUGGUUCGCUUCACCGUUGAAGACCACGACUCGACGUCUGGGAACGAGUUUGUUGGGCAAUACACACUUCCACUCAACAGCAUAAAAAUGGGAUAUAGACACGUCCCUCUGCUCAACAAGAACGGGGACGUCCUCCCCUCAGCUGGACUCUUUGUGCACGUCAUGGUCGUCGACGCUGAGUAAGACGUCAACAACUGACAGGACACUAAUAUCUCCAUUAGACAGCCGUGAUCCAGCAGCUUCUUUCCUCUAGUUUUAGUUCAUGAUUAACUUUUUGUUGUCUUAAUUUCAGUACAGUAGUCAGAGCAGCUACUCUAAAAGUCAGAUAGAGACCACAGCAAACUGAAGAACGCCAUUAGCAGCUAGUUAGGGGUUGUACUGGGAGGUGGUAUAUAUAUA